UAGUGUCGAACAGUUUGACUGCAUUAGGGCACGGGUGGGAGAAGAUGUGGUUAGGAAAACGACCAGACUGGUAUCAUGUUAAAAGGAUGGUUCGAUGCCUUCCGGAGUGGCGGAGGUCCCACGCUGUAUAAUUAUUCUAACCGGACGCCUGUGAUUGAAGAUAUUCAAAAUAUUGUAAUCUACGUGAGUUUCUCCACUGUCUUCAUUGCCUUUCUUAUUGUAUUUCCUGGGAUUCGAAAAGAGAGAUUUUCUACGUUUGUGAGUGUCACGAUUAGUCUGUUCGUUGGAGCAAUUAUUCUUGUUACUAACUACGGUGCCGCAUGGCAUGUGGCGCGGGCGAAGAUUUACACCUCACAUCAUGCCUUUUCUAGACAGAAGAUCGAAACGAAUAUUGGAGUACACAUUGGUCUAAAUGGUGUUAAUAUAACACUCAAAGCUAUGCCGAAAAAUGCGUUGUUGGCGGAUAUAAACUACAAUGAAAGAUUCAGCUGGAUUAGACCUACGGAAGUGAAAGAGGAAUACAAAGAAGCUUUAAUCAAGGGUCUACCAUUUCCCAUCCUCACCAUAGCCGAGUAUUUAAGCCAGGAUUUAGAAGGGUUCUGUUGGGGACGGAGUUAUCGAACAGCAGGAUAUUACUCCUAUAUUCUCUUGUGGACGGCGUUUUCCUUGUGGCUGCUGAUGAAUAUUCUGUUUUGUACAGUCCCGAGAUAUGGAGCUUACUGUAUGCAGCUUAUGGGCUGUGUUAUGAUCCUCACGAACGCCAUCUAUGCUCUUCUUUUACCAAGGAAACCAUUAGUCAUUCCUUUUGAGGGAGGACUUCUCAGGUUUUAUUACGGGUGGUGUUUUUGGCUGGUGCUUGCAGCUGGUAUCAUUACAGUUUUGGUAGGAGCAACAGUUGUUAUCGUAGACACUGUGUUUCCUAACAAGUUCUCCACCAUACUUGAGGUCGAUUAUGAUACCCCGUACCGAUACUUUGUGGUUCAGGACAGCGCUUAUACCAAAGUUAAGGAAACCUCCUUGGAAUUGCAGCCGAUUAGUCAACCAUUAGAUGCUGCUGUACCAGGAACCAGCACUGAAGGGAUAGACAAUCCUGCUUAUGAGAAUGACGACAGUGACGUCAGUACAAUCGUUAAUGGCAAACGGGCGGUUAGUCUACAUCAGUUUGGAAAACUUGCCCAUCGAGAAGCUUUGAGGAAGGGAGCGAUCUUACCCACGAACCGUAUAACUUCCAAUGUUCCAGAAAAUAUCACUAUAUCUCGUUCAGCGAAGGUAAAAGUUGAUGUCCAAGCAGCAGAUAUGUGGUGACGUAAUGCAUACGUCACGUAAUACCUUUUUUGGUAUGUGAGGAAGAGAAGAUGUCACAACAUGUAAUGCGUGAAGAGCCAAUCAGUACGUAAGAGCUAUCCAUUUUAUCGGGAACAUGCAAAUACUUUGAAGGACUCGUUUUACACGUAUAUACAAGCGUACCACCUAGCUGCGAAAUCUUUAUCAACUGUGAAUAUGUGUGUGAGAAAUAAAUUGUCGAUGUUUUUAAAUAUUUUUUUUUUUUGGUAUAUUUUGUUUUAUUGGUAUAUGUAUAUUUAUUCAACAUUGUCAUGUAUAACAUUGUGAUAACACAUUUCACAACUGUCUGCAUUAAUUUUAACAUUAGGUUUACGAAAAACGGAGUAACUUUACUAGCAAGUAAGA